CCCCCCAAAAAAAAAAUAUGAAACCGGCCGUAGGGAUCCUAUUCUCGUCCGUCCUCCUCUUCGCGGCAGCGACGGCCAAGUCUCCGCCGCCGAAGUUCGCGGAGAAAGGCGAAGCACUGGUCACGAAGCUAUGCGAGACCUCAGAGGACAAAGGGUUCUGCUUCACGACCCUGGGAUCGCGGCCGGACGCGGACACGGCCACGGCGCCGGAGCUCGGAGUGAUCGCGCUGAGCAUAGCGUCGGCGAACGCGUCGGACACGUCGGCGUACAUAAAGGCGAAGCUGAAGACGAAGAACCUGGAGCCGGCGCUGGAGGACACGCUCGACGACUGCUCGAAGAAUUACUUGGACGCGGUGGCUCAGCUCGACGACUCGCUCGCGGCUCUGCUGGCUAACCAGUACACCGACGUGGACAUAUGGCUCAACACCGCCAUUAGCGACGGCGAGUCGUGCGAAAGCGCCUUGGCCGAACGCGACGGCAGCGAUGGCGAGCUCGAGCUUCGCAACACCAAUUUCUUGAAGCUAUGCAGAAACGCUCUCCUCAUCAAUAACAUUUUGACUCCAUGAUCUGUAUUUUUUUAAUUUAUUUAUAUAUAUAUAUUUAUAUAUGUAAUCUCUAUAUCUCUCUCUCUCAUUGUUAAUCUUCUAUUUAUAUAGUAUACGAGUACAUGAAAUGUAAUGUAAUGUAAUUGACUUUCCAAAAAAAUCGUCGAAUAUGAAAUUUUGACCGACA